UCUCUAUCCCAAUAGUAACUACAAAUAAAAACCCCAUUACUACUCUCUUUCUAUCUCAACAAUGAUGGAGAUCACCAGAUCCAAGUAGGGUUGGGUGUGUGGGUUUCUGUCAAUCUAUCAAAACAUCCAUCCACAAAAUCAAAAAUAAUCAGUCAGUCAAUCGUAUCUAUCAAUCAAUCAAACCAUCCAAUCACCAAAUCAGAAAAAGAGAGAACAAGAUCAUCAUCAUGUCGUCCUCAUCAGCUGCCUUCUCACCGGACCACCUCUCUCCCUCCGACCAGCUCUGUUAUGUCCAUUGCAACUUCUGUGACACUGUCCUCGCGGUGAGUGUUCCGAGUGCAAGCUUGUUCAAGAUGGUCACUGUCCGGUGUGGUCACUGCACAAAACUCUUGUCCGUCAAUAUGCAUGGCUUGACUACUCUUCCUGCAACCAACCAAUUUCACAUUGGCCAUACUUUCUUCAAUCCUCAGAAUCUUCUGGGGCUAUGUGGGCAGGAGGAGAUGAAGAGCACAACAUCAAAUAUGAACAUGGUGAUAAAUCAAGCAAACCCAAAUGAGAUGAUUAUUCCGAUUCGAGGAGGAGGAGGAGUUGAACAUUAUCAUCAUCAUCAAGAGAUACCCAAACCUCCUGUUGAUGUUAACAGACCUCCGGAGAAGAGACAGAGAGUCCCAUCUGCCUACAACCGCUUCAUCAAGGACGAGAUCCAACGUAUCAAGGCAGGAAACCCAGAUAUAAGCCACAGAGAGGCAUUCAGUGCAGCUGCAAAGAAUUGGGCACACUUCCCUGACAUUCAUUUCGGACUUAUGCCUGAUCAUCAACCCGUGAAGAAAGCAAAUGUGUGCCAGCAGGAAGGAGAGGAUCAUAUGCUCAUGAAAGAUGGCUUCUUUGCUCCUACAAAUGUGGGUGUCUCCCCUUACUAAUAUUCAAGAAGUUUAUUGUACUACUGUGUUUAGGGUUUCUAUGUUCUUCCAUUCUUUCUUUCUAUGUCACAUUUGUUGUUAUUAGGCCCUUGCUGGAGUACUUAUAUAUGUUAGUAAUCUAUGGUGGGAGAGGAUUUUGAA